UGGCAUCGAAGAAUCGAGAGCGCAGUAGCCAAAGGGCUCCGCAGUUCUUCCCCGGCAUUCCCUCCAACAGUUUUUUGGAGGGUUUUCGCCCUCUUCUGAAGGUGGAACAAGAAUCCAAUGGCGAACUCCUUCUCCGAGCCGGCAAGAUGGAGGGACCUCGAUAAGCUUCUCGCCCGCUGUGGCAACAUUGUUGGCCCUGGCUUUGAGCCGAGCCCUCAGCUUCGGCAGGAUAUCGGGGAAUUCGCCAGAGUUUUGGUGGUGGGCGCCGGUGGGCUCGGCUGCGAACUACUCAAGGACCUUGCGCUCUCUGGAUUUCCUAACAUCGACGUCAUCGAUAUGGAUACCAUAGAGAUCUCCAACCUCAACCGGCAGUUUCUCUUCAGGCUUCAGGAUGUUGGGAAGUCAAAGGCUGUGGUUGCUGCUAAGCGCGUGAUGGAGAGAGUUUCUGGCGUGAAUAUCACACCUCAUUUCUGUAGAAUUGAGGAAAAGGAGAUAGAUUUUUAUAAUGAUUUCAACAUUAUCGUUCUUGGUCUUGAUUCUAUCGAGGCUAGAAGCUACAUCAAUUCUGUGGCUUGCAGUUUCUUAGAAUACGAUUCUGACGAUAACCCAAUACCCGAAACUAUCAAGCCUAUGGUAGAUGGGGGAACUGAAGGUUUUAAAGGCCAUGCCAGAGUAAUUUUGCCAGGGAUGACUCCUUGUUUUGAGUGCAACAUUUGGCUUUUCCCUCCACAAGUCAAGUUUCCGUUAUGCACUCUUGCAGAAACCCCAAGAACUCCUGCACAUUGUAUUGAAUAUGCUCAUUUGAUCAAAUGGGAUGAGGUGCAUAGUGGGAAAACAUUUGACCCCGAUGAUCCAGAACACAUGCAAUGGGUUUACACAGAGGCUGUGAAGAGAGCUGAGCUUUUUGGCAUUGCUGGUGUCACUUACUCCUUGACUCAGGGAGUAGUGAAGAAUAUUAUUCCAGCUAUUGCUUCUACAAAUGCAAUCAUUUCUGCUAGCUGUGCUUUGGAGGCCUUAAAGAUUGUAUCUGGAUGUAGUAAAACAUUGUCCAAUUACAUGACGUAUAACGGUGUUGAAGGAACGCAUAUUAAAGUGACUGAAUUUGUUAGGGAGAAAGAUUGUCUUGUGUGUGGUCCAGGAACUCGCAUUGAUUUGGACACUUCAACCACUGUUUCUCAGUUCAUUGAAAUUCUGGGAGAACACCCGAAACUUCUCUUGUCAAAACCAAGUAUCACCCAUCGUGGAAAUAAUAUCUACAUGCAGUCCCCUCCAAUUCUGGAAGAAAUGACCAGAUCCAAUCUUCAACAACCCCUCUAUGAUCUGAUGGGUAAAGUUCGUAAGGAUACUGUUCAUGUAAGUGGCUUAGCUGAGAACAAUGGCAAGAAGUCAUCCUCCCUAAGGAAGCUGUGUGUCCUAUUUAAAGGGAUCGCUGCUGCGGAUGUAGCUACACAAAUGGAUACAGCUGGUAAUUUCUGAGUUUUCUUGCAAUGCCAGCCCAUAUAGAUUCAAUAGUUUGUUUUAGGAACGUUAAUUAGCUUUGGUUUCCUUUAAAAGUUUUUCCAAGGCUAUUUGUUGCACUCUCUCUCUCUCUCUCUCUCUCUCUCUAUGAGUUAGAGCUAAAGUUUAUGUGACAUUGAGAUAUGGCAUUUCUGUAAAAGAAUUUUGUUUCAGGUGCAAAACAUAUGCUAAUAAAUAAAUGAGUUUCUCUGUA